AUGGAUGUAGAACCAUUCGAGCGAUUGCAAAACGAUGCCUCGUGCAUGGCGUCGCUUGCAAAGGGCCUUGUAGCAGGACCGAUGGAAGUGAUGGAGUCAAUUUGCAAGUUUGUCAUCAACGCCGAGAAAUCUGACGAGCUCAGUGAUGAAGGCAAGAUACAAAUUCUAAAGUCCAUGAAGGGCAUAUGUCGGUCACUCUCAAAAUCUAUAGAUGAGAAAUAUGGCCUAACCGCUGCGUUCAAGAGUGAACUUCGCGGUAGCGAGUUGGAAAAGGCAAGAAUGCUCUUCUACUACACGGUGAUGAAGGCCUUCAGAAAUGAGAUGGAAAAGCGGCGCCACCGUAAUCCGGAUUCCGAGCAUGAUGCCGUGAGGAAGAUGAAAUUGCAGCUGAUGAACCUGGACAAGGAAAUAUCCCAGCUGAAGCAACAGUUAUCUUUGUACAACAGGGUCAAGAAGCGCAUCAACCAGAGCAAGCUGUCAACGCAAGGUAUCGACGAAAACAGGACUGAUGUUGAGAAGAACCUAUUUCAGAGGGAUUUCCGCACGAUGAUGAUAGCCAUACAGACAAUGCUGAGGCAGCACAACAUCGCUACCACACGACACGUUAAGAAACUGGAAACCAAAAAUGAUAUUGCAUCGAAAGCAAUAUUUGAUGCGACAGAGAAUAUCAACAGCCAAUUGCUACAUAGGAUACUGGAGAAGUCUAAUUGGUAUAAGGAUGAAACUAUCUCAAGUGAAUCUGCCACACCUUCAGAGGUGGUCGACGCUUCUAAAAUCUGCGACGAAAACGUCAAGGCGACAGAAACGACUGAAAGUCUCGCCAAGGAUGAAAUGGUUGUGUCCGAUGUCGCCUCAGCCAAAACUAUCGUUGACACAAGUGAUAAGCACGUGGAUGCAGUAUGCGAAGUCACACCAAAAGAUGCCUACGAUUCUGAAGUGGUGGAGCAGGUAGACGAUGAAUUGGAUGCCACCGGAGUAGACAAGGGCGUAGAGAGCGAAGCGGCACUUGUUGCUGGCAGUGAACCUCUCAGCGUUACCGCAGAAGACUUGGUUUCUGAGUUGCCAAAUCCCGAAGCCGAUGCGGAGGUCAUUUUGGCCCAGGAAGCCGAGCAAAUUAGCCCCAUAUCCCAUGAAGCGGUUGACGCUGCUGUCGAACAUGACGAGCCAGCAGCACCCAUGGGUGAGGACGUGAAUGACAAGUCGGUUACCGAGGAAGUUGAGCCAUCUGCAAUGCUAUCAGAAGAGGCCGUUGAAGAAGAAAAGACAACUGCGGAAGUCGAAGAGGUAGCAACUGAAGUUAAGGAAGCUGCAAUGGUCUCUAAAGCCGUGAUUAAAAGGGACAUAUCCAUCUCUAUGCAAUCCACAAUUGACCAUAAUGCUGAUGAAGACAUAGUGGCUACGAAUUCAAUGGAAAGUGUUAACCAGGAAAUGGCUGGAGUCAGCAACCUUGCUGUUGACUCUGCCUCUGAUGACGCUGUAGAGGAGUCAGUGGAUGAAAAUGUCGAUUCUGUUGAGAAUACGCCUGUCUUAGAGACACCAGAGCCUCUCAACGCAACUUUAGAACGUUCAGAUGAGCCUACCGAAGACGUCCCCGAAGUUGCUAAUGAGAUUUCUGAAUCAGUUGUUGCUAACGAGACGUCAGAAGAAAUAGUUGCUAACGAGACGUCAGAAGAAAUAGUUGCUAACGAGAUUUCUGAAGAAAUUGUUUCUAACGAGAUUUCUGAAGAAAUUGUUGCUAACGAGAUUUCUGAAGAAAUUGUUGCUAACGAGAUUUCUGAAGAAAUUGUUGCUAACGAGAUUUCUGAAGAAACCGCUGCUAAUGAGAUUUCUGAAGAAACCGCUGCUAAUGAGAUUUCUGAAGAAGUUGUUGCUAAUGAAUCAUUCGAUGUGGAUACAACAAAUGUAGCGUCAUGCCCGUCACCCGACUUGGCUGAAGUCUGUGAUAUGUCCUCAGGGGAAACAUGUGAGCUCUCUGCACCUGAGGAGAACGCUAUGCCGAUUGCUGAAGAAGAAAGUGUCAUACCUCUAAGCACACGCAAUGACACCCUUUCUGAGCCCGCGGAAGUUUCAAUGCCACCCCACCCACAAGCCUCACCUCUUCCGGAAAACAGCAGCUCAUCUGUACCAGUUGGAAUGCCUAUGGAGUCUGAUGUAACACCUGUUGAAUCUACAUCUCUUGCGCUUGAUACGGAUUUGGACAUAAUCACUAACACCGAUGCUGAAGAGCCAACCCAGGAAACAGAACGAACGGCCGAUGAGGAAACUGAUGUUAAUUACAGCAUGGAAGAUGAUGUUUCCGAGAGGGUAGACAACGAAGUAUCAGCUACAACCAUCACUAUCAAUAAAAACCCCUCUCUUUUCAAAAUAAAAUUGGAAAUUGAUACAAACGAAUUGUGGAAUGAAAUCCAGAAUUUGAAGAGGGACAUUGUUGACCUAAAGGACACCUUAGUGAGUCUGAAGUCCCGUGUUAAUGUGCCUGAAAGUGGCGAUAAAAUGGUUGAUGAGAUUCCUCCUUUGUCUGAAGCUGAGGCUGUAGAUGACAACGCAGAUGCUGCCAUUAUUGAUAACACUGUUACUGAAACUUCUAACAACGAAAACGUUUCAUUUGUAGAAAGAGAAAUUACAAUGGUGGAUGAAUCUCCCCUCGAAGAAGGUUCACAUAUGGCAGUCGUUGAUGACACCAACGUAGAAGAACCGUCUCAAACCCCGGCGAACGUCCUUGAGGGUGAACUACAUGAGGAUGUGGAAACGGAAUUAGUUACCGACCCUAAUGAAAGUUUGGAAAACGUGGUAGAUUCGGAGGUAGAGGAAAGCAAAGAGGAUUUAGAAACACUGAAGCCGGAGGAUGCCAACCUUGUAGCGGGUGACAGUGAAGGCAGUUGCAAUGCUGAGAGCACCAAUGAUAAGUCAGAUUCGCCUGAAAAUGACACAGAUAUUGUUGUAUCACCAGUAGAGGAGAGCGAAUUAGAAUUAAACAACCUAGUUGUUGAACUGGAUAAAAGCAACGGGGAUUUCGUUGGCGGAGCCAGGGAUGUGGACACACCAUACCAUUCCGCCUUUUUCGAUGUUCCAAGCACGCCUGUGGAAAGCCUUACUCCUACGCCAUAUGAACAGCCUAACCAGACAAUAUAUUUUGAUGCUGAAACCUUUGGGUCAUACAUCACUGCUGCCUCUGCUGAGGUUGCCGAGAAUAAAGACUCACUGACAACUCCAAAUAUAGAGGCUGCUUUGGACGUGACUGAAAAUGCUGAUGGUAAUGCGAACGAAUUAAUGUCCAAUGAAAACAGUCUUGAGACGGCAAUAACAAAUGAAACCACCGCAACCGAUGCUAACGAGCACGGUGAAGUAGAGCCGAUAACCGAGGAGACGAACAUCUCUGAUGAGCCAGAAAUAACCAACGCUGACUGUGAUUUAGAAGCAGAGAUGUUACAUGAAACCGAGGAACAGGCUGAAAUAACCGUGGAAAGUGAGGAAAUCGACGAGACCGUGAAUGCCGAGGUGGAUACGAUUAGUGCCGUUGAAAAGGAAGCCAAUGCACAUGAAAUGCAUCACGACUCAUUAAGCGAUGUUCCUAGUACACACGGAGACGCAAACGAAGGUUUGGCAUCUGUGGAAUCAACAGACAAUCUACUGACCAAGGAAGAAGAUAUCAUUGCACCAGGUGCAGAUGAAACGGAGAGGGGCGACAUAACUCGACCUACGUCAUCUGAUAAUUGCCCGAAACCUACGGAGCGAACUGAGGAAGCCGCAUCCACAUCUGUUAUGGGGGUCGAAAAUACCGCAAGAUCAGAUAUUCUUGAUGACGACGAGUUCGUCAAAGAGAUAAUUGAUGAACUAGGUUCGCUUGAUAAGGCAGACGAUGAAGCGCUACUAAGGGAGUUGGAAGAGCUCUAUACCAUAAUGACGCAACAACUUGUGUACGGCACAACUACUGGUUCGCUAGACGACGAAGCGUCGUCCUGCAUGAGUCUGGAAGCGUCCGACAAUGAGGAAGAGUUUGACAAUGGCAGGUUCAAGCAGCGCAAGGCUGGUAGGAUCUCCGAUCCCAGCAAUGUUGCUGAAUAUGCGUCUGAAGAUCUAAAAAAUACAAGAGCACUUAACCAAUACAACGACGAAGAGUCCACAUCAUUUUUUAAUGGGUUGGGCGCCACCGCAGCAGUUCAGGAAGAGAAUACAGUUACCACGAAGGGUCUCCCAUUUUUCGUUGGAAUUUUCUCUCAGAUUCCGCAGCUUUCGCAACCCAUUAGCACGGAAACAAUCGAGAAGCAGUACGAAGAGUUUAAACAGUUCCAGGCGUUCAUCAGCCUCUCGUCCCGGAAAAACCAGAAUGAGGUCUGA